ACGGAAUUCGGACUAUAGAAUAUAAAAAUUCUGGAUGUCAAAGGUCACGUAUGGAAUCUUGUUGGAUCGAGUUCAAGAUUUUGCAUAGCACACUAGCAGAUACAUCAGGUUUUAAAGAACAUGCAUUUGGAAAAUGUACAAAGACACGUAUACCGCUUACAGUUAAUCUUAAGACAUUGGGCGCACAAACAAAUGUGUUAGAUUUUAUUGAAGAAGUAAAUACUCAUAUAUGGACUGGUGACUAUAUCAAUGAAGUCCAAGUCACAAAUCACGUUAAUUAUAAUCCGUAUGAAUGGAUGCCAGUUUAUAAUCCAUAUGAAUGGAUGCCAGCUUAUAAUCCAUAUGAAUGGAUGCCAGUUUAUAAUCCAUAUGAAUGGAUUCCGGUUUAUAAUCCAUAUAAUCUACAAAUACAGGUAAUUGAAGAUAAUAUUGAAGCUGGUUAUAAUAUUCCAUACAAAUUAUAUUGUAGAGACGAACUUCAAACAUUAAAUAGUUCACAAACAAACACAUCGAAUCUUAAAACAGACGUAAUUGAAUGCAAUACGGAAGAAGUUUAUAAUUUCAAACCAUGUAGAGUCGAACUUCAAAAAUUUGGUGGUUCACAAAUAAACUCAUCGGAUCUUAAAAUUAAA